CCAUCUUUUUCACCUCCGACUCAGACGUCUGUAUUUACAAAAAAGAACGUCUCAGAAAUUCACCACAGAUUUUUUUUUCUUUCCUUUCCAAUUGAUUACUCUGGAAUCUGUCAGAGAAGUCGUCAUGGCUGCCGAACAACCCAAGAUCACGCUCCACUGGCUCAAUGGCUCGCGAGCCCACUCCAUUCUUUGGCUUCUGGAGGAGCUGCAGGUUCCCUAUGAGACCAAGGUGUACCACCGCCAGUCCAGUGGACUGGCGCCUCCCGAGCUUGAGAAGGUCCACCCUCUGGGCAAGUCUCCAGUCGUGACCGUGACGGUCCCUGGCUCAUCAGAGCCAGUCGUCCUGGCCGAGUCCGGGUUCAUCUUCACGUAUCUCUGCGAACACUUUGGACAGGCCAAGACUCUCGUGCCGCAGCAGUGGAAGGAGGGCCAGGACGGCAAGCUUCUCGGCGAGACAGAGGCGUGGAUGCGCUACCAGUAUCUGAUGUAUUAUAUUGAGGGGUCUUUCAUGCCCGUCCUGGUGCAAUACUUGAUCUUAUCGGCACUGAAAUCGAACCAGGUGCCCUUCCUGAUCCGUCCCAUCUCGGGCGCUAUUGCCAACAAGAUCAUCUCCAUGAUGAUUUUCCCCAACAUCAAGAAGCACUUUGCUAUGCUUGAGCAGCAGCUGGCAACAUCAGGAGGAGACUUCAUCACCGGCACGGAGCUGACCGCGGCCGACAUCCAGCUGAGCUACGGCCUGGUGGCCUCCAAGGACAGCCUCGAUCACAUUGGCAAGUGGGACAAAGGCACCCCGAAAGAGACGUACCCCAAGCUCUUUGCCUACGUCGACCGGCUGGAGCAGCAGCCUGGGUUCCAAAGGGCUGUGGAGAAGACGAAAGAGAUUGACAAUGGUAAGUUCUCUAUCGCGCCGAAGCCGUCGUCUUAGAGGUGGUGUAUGGAUGUGGUUCCCACCUGGGAUGUUCAGUUGAACAAGGAUGUGAGACGUAUGGUUUUGGAGGUUGUUUCUUUUUCUUUCUUUUAGAUCAUCAUAUCAAUGUAAAUUAAUGAAUAAUCACACUGUUCCUCAGGCCG